AUGAGAUUGUCAAUGAAUUACAACCGAAGUGCUAAAGAUGAUUUUAAUUCCUUCUAUUCGAAGCAGCUUCAUCGAUGUUGUUCAAUAAGUAACUUACUUCUUCUUGCUUCUCUUUUGGUAAUCGCUUCCGCGUAUGACUCGUGCGGUGAUGGGGCGUGUGAUAAGCGUCAGGGAUUGCGAUCAACUGUCAAGGUGCGAGAUGCGAGCCGAGUGCAGACACAGCGACGCACGAUAACACUGUUUGCCGUUCUGCCCUCCCGCGGGCACAACCUUGGAGUGGCCUAUUCUUUAUACUCUGUGGGUUGA